CCGGCUGUGGGGUGUUUUUACACACACACACACACACAGUUACAAAAAACUGCAUAAGUCGAAUAACGAUUGAUAUUAUCGACCAGUGACGAUGCGCUGCUCCGUGUGCAACUACUACUCGUGGAGUUACUUCAUCGCUUUCGGGGAGAUUUUCAUCUCUUUUCACAUCGCCCGAGCUUUCCUGCACUGUGCCCGAGCCACGGGAUUGUCGCAGGAACUGAGCUGCUCCGAUGUGGAACCCAUCUUCGUGCUGCUAGUUCUUUACAACUUGCUCUCACUGCUGCUAAUCAUCGGUGUAACAAAGCGCAAUGAAAAGCUGCUGCAGAUUUACCAGACGUGCACCAUCACGCUCAAAGCUUCCGCCAUCGUCCGACGGAUAGUGCUCAGUGCCACCGAGUACAACGAGAGCAAUGUCGGAAAAACCAUCGUUGAGCUGAAGAUCAUCAUCGUGUUCACUUUGAUUUUCACCCUGGAAGCCCUCGUAGUCGCUGGAGCCUGCCGGAAAAUGCGUCGAGAGCAGCAGGAGCAACUCUACUACAUCGACGUGGUUUAGUAGUGUGGCUUCGCGUGCAAAGGAAUCGUCCAGCAGCGACAGGACACAACUGGCCCCCGGCGUCCGUCGCGAAGGUGUAAGGACACCCAUGCCACGAUGCCCAUGUCCAAGUCUUCGGAUUGUUAAAUGUCAUUCCAUCCAACGCGGGAUCCCGGUCCCGGUGGACGCGUGCAAUUGCAAAUUACACAACCAUACCGUCGUAUAUUUACCUUUUACAUACAUACGUUGUGCGUGCUUCUUAGAGGAUUAUACAGCGAGUGUAGCGAGAAAGUGGAACCGGAACGAUGGGCUGAUUAGCGUGUGUCGCUUUCAACUUUGGGAGCGAUUUUAAAACCCACAUUUGCGUCCAAUGUCCAAUGUGCUUUUGAAAACCCCGCGUAGAAAAGCGCGUAGAAAAUGCGCGAGCGCUACUCCCGAAGUGUGCAUUAGUGCGGAGGCUGAUGAAUUAUGUUCGAUUUUUCGAUGCAUUUAGAAUAAAAC